AUGAAAGCAUCGCAGGAAUCAGUUAUUCUUCCCGAAGUUGGCUGCCUGCUCCGCCGUGCUCUACUGCGCAGUACUAACCUGUUCGCUGUCGACGCGCCGCAGGCUGUGGAGGAGGCGGAGUCGUGCGCGGCCACGGCGGUGUUCCGCGAGCUGCAGCGCCGGCCAGUGGAAGCUGUGCGGGGGCGGCGCGCCGGGGGCCGAGGGCGACCAGGAGCGGCAGCCGCCCUCGCAGCAGCAGCAGCUGCUGCUGCACGAGGUGGCGCUCAUGCACUGCGAGACGCAGCGCACACAGGCGUUGCUGUUGCGGAGCGAGGAGGCACUGCAGCGCAUCGCGGACUCCCUGCCGCCCGCCCCCACGAUGGUGCGGCUGCCACCGUCGCCCCCGCUCCGCCGCCGGCGCCUCGGCCUCGACUGGUUCUCCACCAUCCUCAAGAGGCGCUUCUUGCGCCGACAGUAGCGGCCCGGAGUAGCAGCUGCAGCCACCACCACCACCACCACCACCACCACCACCACAACUGUUCACCUAUGCAGGCGCUCCCUCACAGCACUGACAAACCACUUUACGCGAGAAGACACGUCACUAUUCCAUCAAGUUGUGGCCCCGUUUAGUGACAGGCGGGAUAUCUUUAACGUUGACAAAAAUACAUCAUCUUUCUGUGAAAAUGGAUUUGUAUAACUGCAAGACUUGGCCUGUUUUAGUGGCAACUUCGUCGCGACAGCAUGAUAUCGUGCAUUUUAGACUUGCUUUACUGUGAAACGUUUUAACUGUGUUAAUAGU